AUGCAUAUUUCAAAGGCAGAUCGAUGCCCCUACUGCAAGGAGUACGUCUACUGCGGCGAUUUGUGGGGUGAAUGUCCUAAGCAUGCAAAUCCGAUGGAUCACCUGAAUAUUUGCGACUCCUAUGCCCAGCACGUCUGCCACCAACGUUUCUUACUCCAAGCAAAAUGGAUUCCUGAUCUCUCCAAUCCAUCUCAGCUUCCAUGGAAAUGCGAAACAUGCAGGGACACUUUCCAUACCCAGGCACAGGCGAUUGAGCACAUUAAUACCAUGGACCACUACUAUGCCUACUGCAAGGACUGCAACCUUCACUUUCUGGACAAAGUCCACCUGAUUUCCCAUCUGACUACACGAAUGCACCGAGGAGAACACCGCACCCGCGCCCUCUGUGUGUCGGGUGUCAACAGAAUCGAGGAGAUCCUGGACUCGCAAGAAAAGAUUGAUAAUUUUAUCGCCACCCACCCGUGGUCUGAUGAUGAAGAUGAAGAAAACAAUGAGAGUUCCUCGUUCGCAGUCGGCCGCAUCUUCUACCAGAGCGCUUUCAACGGAAGAUACUGGGAGUGUUUCCUUUGCCACAAGUUCUUCAGGGGACAGGGGGCACUUGAUGCGCAUUUAGAAUCUCCGGCUCACUCGCAAGGUCAACUUCGAUGCCCAAAUCUUCUCUACAACAAGGAAUUUGAGAGCUGGCCUAUGGUCCUGAAUCACCUCCAGAAUGCCAUCUGUGGCAUGGCCGCCUUUGAACAUGACCCUGAAAUGGCAGAAACCUCACAAUCAACCGGGGCCCAGAAGGCUGUGAUUGUUGGCAUUUCUGGCCCAUCAUCUAGUGGUAAAACUACUUUAGCUCGACUUCUUCAGCGCAUAUUCUCCGGAGUUCGCAUCGCCUCGGCUUCAUCCAGUGCAGGGAGCUCAGGUUCCGAUGCUCAGACCUCAGACACUCUGAAUACCUUCAUCAUCCAUGAAGAUGAUUUCUAUCAUCCCGAUGAUAAAAUUCCCUAUACUACAACCCCAUCCGGCAAAAUAGUUCAAGACUGGGACACAUCCGCUGCGAUAGACACAUCAUUCCUCGCUCAAGCUCUCUCCUACGUCCGCAUCAACGGUCGUCUUCCACCACGAUUGCAAAGCAAAGAGGAUCAAAACGAAGAUGCCGGCCCCUGCGUCCCAGAGACACUCAUUGCAGAUAUCAGACGUGAAGUUGAAGAUCACAUAUCUUCCUUCCUUUCAUCAUCUCCUUCCACAUUCAGAUUGCCAACUCUUGUCUUCAUGGAAGGGUUCUUACUCUAUGCACCACCAGAAGGAUACAUCUCGCUGAGGAGUGCAACGGAUGGCACGGCCACAGCCGAUGACAAGCAUUAUCCGACAGACCAUGGCGCUUUGAGACCUGUGCAUGCGCAGAUUGGACUGCCGUUGUUCUUGCCAGCGGCGUAUUCCACCGUGAAGACGAGGAGGGAAGGGAGGAGCGGCUAUGUCACCAUUGGUCCGGCGCCGGAGCCCCCAGCGGCAAGCAACGAGGGCGAUUCUCAAGAAGAAAAGGGGACACAAGCGAUGGAGGAAAUUGAUCUCGAAGGGAAAGAUGAUCGGCCGCCGCAGAACUUUUGGACUGAUCCCCCUGGCUAUGUGGAUGAUAUUGUUUGGCCGAGAUAUGUGCGUGAUCAUGCUUGGUUACUAGUUGGUGGUGAGGGCCAUGCUGAGCGAGACGGGGAUAUCCUCAGUCAGGUUGGAGAAGGUGUUGAUGUUCGUCACGAUGUUGGCGUGAAGAUUGCUCCCGGAAAGGGCGCGGUUGGAAUGGAGGACGUGUUGCGGUGGGCUGUGAAUGAGGUAAUGACAUUUUACCUCGAAAGAAGGUCAGAUCAAACUUAG